AUGCCCAAACCACCAUUCGCCGCUCAGAUUACCCUGGAGUAUACGCUGCAGCAAGAUGCAAACAAAGGAGUAGAGGAUGUUCGGUCUGGCAUGUCCAACGCGGCUGAGCGAAGAAAGGAACAAAAUCGAGUCCAUCAGAAAGCUUGGCGGAAAAGAAAGAAGCUUGAGCGAUCAAAGUUUCGCAUAGUAAAAUAUCCGACCGAUGUGUCGAACAGUUCUUCCGGGCAAGAGCUUGCACCCUCGGAGACUAGCUUGUCGGGCUCUAGUGGCUCAUUAGAGGAUAGCUCGCUGAUGGUAAGAGCUACGGGCCAACACUUCUCCCAUUCGCACUCAGAUAUAACUGCGUGGCAAGAGGUCGAUCUGCUUAAUGUCUUCAAUUCAGCUGCAGGCCUUUCUCAAAUCAAAACUUGCGAGCGUUCUCGAACAGCUGUCGCAUGCGCACAAGGCAAUCUGGGAGAUUCUAUUGAUUGUUUGCCUGUGCCUCAGAUGCGACAAAAUUUAAUCCCAGCCGGAAACACAUAUGAUGUUAUGGACCUUUGUGGAGACCUGGUUGGACUUUUCAGUGCUGGCACUGGGAGAACAGGCAUGGUCAUCUGGGGAGAGCCGUGGGAUGUGGCUGGUUGGGAAGUGACCGAGGGAUUCUUGGAGCGUUGGGGAUGGACGAUCAAGGAAUGUUGGGAUUUAUUUGAGUCCACAAAUAGAUGGAGGGCAGAACGAGGUCAAAUGGCUCUACAAUUUGACAAAGUUUUGAUCUGA